AUGUCCGCCAACAAACCGAAAACCCCCUAUUUUUCCAACGGGCAGGCUCUGCAGAGUCCUCCGCUCACCGUCCGCGCCUCGCGCUUCGCAGAAAGCGUAUACACCUUCCUCGGCCUCUAUGUUGUCAGCUUCUUCUCUCUCGACCCCUACGCCGCCGCGCAAAACUCGCAAUUCAACAUUCAUCGCCCGCGAACUUCAACGACACCGCGUUCCCGGUGGGGUGGUGGGAGCUCGAGCUCGAGUUCCUGGGGGCCGGGAGGAGGCGGCGGAGGCGGUGGUGGCGGCUCAGGCCCAGGCUCAGGGCCGGGGAGACGUAUUGGGCGUGUGGAUGAUGUUCGGGGACCGGAGUGUGGGAGUUGUCGCGAUGCUGAGUGGGCGGCACAGAUCAACCAAAUGAAGGAGUGGCUACCGGACAAGCCAGUCUCGCGACCAACUACACCAUUAAGCGUGCACCGCACAAUCGACCACACGCUACUCAAGUUCCCAAUCGAGCUCUCCCAAAUCGACACCCUCUGCGCUGAAGCCCGCGAGUAUAAGUUCGCAACCGUCUGUGUGCGGCUGGAGCACGUCGCCCGCGCCGCAGAGAACCUCAAAGACACACCAGACACGGCGGUAGCCUGCGUAGUGGGGUUCCCUGAGGGCACGCACGACACAGCGGAGAAAGUGCUCGAGGCGACAGAGGCCGUGGCGAACGGCGCCUCCGAACUGGACAUGGUGAUCAACUACCCGCUCAUCAAGGAAGGGAAGUACACGGCCGUCUGGGAGGACAUCGCGGAGGUGCGCAAGGCCGCUCCGCGGCCGAUCCGCUUGAAGACGAUCAUCGAGACUGGGCAGCUGAGCAAGGACGAGCAAAUAGCCGCUACCAUCGUGUGCUGUAUGGCUGGCGCGGAUUUCGUCAAGACCAGCACGGGCUUUAAUGGCGACGGGGCCAGUGUUCAGAAUGUCACGAUUAUGCGCAUUGUGGCGGACUUGUGCGGCAGGGAUUGCAAGGUCAAGGCGAGUGGCGGGCUGCGUACCGCCGAGGAUUGUAUACGCAUGCUUAAGGCCGGGGCUGAUCGGAUUGGCACUAGCUCUGGGGUCGGUAUCAUGGCUGCCCUGAAUGGCGGCGAAGUUCUCGAGCAAGGAGCCGGGGAUGCGGCGUACUGA